UUGUCAGGCGGUCAGAAACAACGCGUGGCAAUCGCGCGUGCAUUAUUACGCAAACCAGCCCUACUACUACUAGAUGAAGCUACCUCUGCACUAGAUGUGGAAAGUGAAAGAGUCGUCCAGGACGCAUUAGAUAUCGCCAUGGGUUCACGCACCUGCCUAGUGGUCGCACAUCGCUUGACCACCGUAGAGAAUGCUGACCUGAUUGUUGUACUCGAGAACGGGAGAAAGAUUGAAGCCGGUUCGCCUGGUGCUCUCAUAGAAGCCAAAGGGGCUUUUUAUGCGUUGCAUCAUACAGAAGAAACCAUAGCCUGA